UGCCCUUUUCCCCAUCGCUUCACUCCAAGGGUAGGGGGUGUGCAUAGGCAGAAAUUAACUACACUUAAAACUUUCUUUAGUGAAAGUUCACACUUAAAUUUUUUUAUUUUUUAAACAUCUGUUCAAUCCCUCAUUGAAAGUGCGUGGAGGCUGUUUUUUUCCCUGUUUUUUUCCAUCAUAUUAAAGGCAACGUAACUUCACCAAAGAUGCUUGACACAGUGACAGAACCCGGAGCACUGCCCUUUGCAGUUCAGCUGAAGUCCCUGACAGAUCUUGAGGGCCGGUACCAACCAAAGCUGAGCGGCUUGAGGCUCAUCGAGAGCUCCCAGGACAACGGACUCAGGAUGACCAGCAGACUGAGGGAGCUGGAGGUGAAGGACCUGCUCUCUCUGACCAGGUUCUUUGGUUUCAGCUCGGAGACCUUCUCACUGGCCAUCAGCUUGUUGGAUCGAUUCCUCUCCGUGAUGAAGAUUCAACCAAAGCACCUGUCCUGCGUGGGCUUGUGCUGCUUCUACAUUGCUGUGAAGUCUGCAGAAGAGGAGAAGAACGUGCCCCUGGCCAACGAACUGAUCCGCAUCAGUCAGAAGCGCUUUACAGUGUCUGACAUGAUGAGGAUGGAGAAGAUCAUCAUGGAGAAGCUCUACUGGAAGGUGAAGGCCCCCACAGCCCUCCGCUUUCUCCGUCUCUUUCACAGCCACAUCCAGAAGCAGCUCGACGCUGAGAGCCAGCAGAUACUGAGCCUUGAGAGACUGGAGGCUCAACUGAAAGCCUGUCACUGCUCAUUUGUCUUCUCCAAAAUAAAGCCAUCUCUGCUGGCCAUGGCUCUCCUGUGUUAUGAGGCCCAGGAACAACACGACCCUGAGUACACUGAGAAAAUAGCAGAGGCCCUGAAAGGACUGCAGCAGCAGCUGAAUAUCAGAGACGGGGACCUGGUUUGUGUGCGGGAGUUUGUUGGAAAAUGCCUGGCUGAAUAUUCUACCACCAGGUGCUCCAAGCCCAACAGCCAGAGGCUUCGCUGGACUAUUUCGGGAAGAACUGCACGCCAGCUGAAGCACAGCUACUACAAGAUCACUCAUCUUCCCACCAUACCUGAGUCAGCCUAUUAAUCCUGGGGGUACGAACGGGUGACCUUACAUGCAGGGGAAAAUUGCAACUGUCCCUGAAUUGUCUGAGUCCUCUUAAUGGAUGUAACUUUUGGGUGAUUUUCCUGCAGUAUGGUCACCCACGUACAGCUCCAGUUAUUUUCCUUACAGAUCUUCAUCACUGAUGAUGGAGAUCUUUAAGGAAAAGCUUUAAAAAUCUUCCUGAUCUGCCCCGAUGACGAGGAGUAAUGCUUCGUCAGAUAGGUUUAUCUACCGCCAUCCUGCUCAGUUUAACUUUCCUGGUUGAGUGGCUUGCACAAGUGUACAGCAUGUUCUUGAUAAAAAAAUCCGUACCACGGUGUUUGGUAUUUCCUGGAACGGGUUGCUGGUUUUAAGCAAAUAAGUAUAGAACCACCUAGGUCCUCAGUCCACUAUGUGGAAGAGGAGGGAGAAGGAUUUUGUGAAUUGCAAAAAUGAAACAAAGAAAUCGGGCCCAAAAUCCUUAACUCUCACCCUAGGUUGCUAAAAUGUCCUGAUCGCACACUCCUACCCAAGGUGAUGAUUUUUUGUUUUUAUUUUGAUACGGCGAGGGAGCUCUGGUUUUCUCCAGUGAAGUAAGGCUAAUGACGAUCCUGUCAUGUUGACCAUACGGUUUGAACUGAAAUGCCAGUGGUUACAGAUGAGUUGUUUUCACCAAUUCUUAAUUUGUGUACACAGAGUGAUAUAUCACAAUUGAUGUCAAUUAUACGAAGGCUUAUAGCAAAAAAAAAAAAAAAAAAAUUGGUUGUUGCAGUGGAAAUGUGGAUUGCAAUUUGUACUGCGUUUCCCUGUCUAGCUGAAGUUUCUUUUAGUGACAAAAAUAAAUUUGUUCCCAAAUUUAAAAUGGCUUACUGAAUACACCAUCUCGUCGACCUAUGUACUUGUACCUUUCAAUAAAACUUUAUUGAAAAGCUA